UAUCCGUGGAAUUGAAGGUCACAUCGACUGUUUUUCGUGCUAAACACGUCUCUUUUUAAGUCUUUAAUAUUUAUACAAGGGCUAAAUUUUCAUAAUUUUCUUAUAUACAUUUUCACCAUAAAAUUUUUACACAUCCCAAAGCUCCGACUGAGAACUGAAAGGUUGGUAGUGGUAGAUGCCGAGUGGCAGAGAAAUUAGACAUCACCAACAUUAACUAUGGGAUCUCGAACAAAUUUUGAGUAUAUUUGUCGACUCUGUGGUCUAGAAAGCAACGACUUGAUAAAUUUACUGGAAAACAAUUACAACGAGCGUAACUUGAUAGUAAUAAUUAAGAAAUAUAUUCGUGUGACGGUUAAUCCUCGGGAUGCGUUACCCCAUCAUGUGUGCGGUCCUUGUGUUGCUAAGCUGGACGAAGUGGUGGAAUUCAUUGAUACGAGUCAAGUCACACAAACUAAACUUAACAAUCAGCUUAAAGACAGUUCAUCAGACAACAGUGUUCACUUGCCUCAGGAUAAGUUAUAUGAACUUAUCCAUGGUGUUAAAGUUGAAUUUGAGGAGCUUGACACUCAAUAUACUGAUGAUCUCAAUGAUGAGGAUUAUGGUCCCUGUACGAGCAAAGGUCGUAGAAGUCGCAGCAGUAAAGGGCUGUGUGGAGGAGGAGCAGGUACUAGAGGAUUGGCAAGAAAACGAUUAGCGAAGUCAAAGAAUAAAGCACUUUCACUGGUGAAGAAUAAAAUGAGCGAAAAAGAUGAUAAAGGAGACAGCAAGAAAAACCCCUCAACAAUUGAUAGUGUGAAAGAAGUUUGGAUGGAUAAACAUGAUAACAAAGAAACUUAUGUUGUAGAAGAAUUUGAACAGGAGAUUGAUGGACACUCUUUUAGAGAGAAGAAGGGGGACACUUUCAAGAGUGCCGUAAGAUGCUGCAUCUGCAAAGCCGAUUUUUACCUUCUUGAAGAGUUAACAUCCCACUCUCUUGAUGUCCACCAGCUUCCAGAGCCUCGCUUCAUGUGCCCUCAGUGUCCUCAGACAUUUGCUAAAAUUACUUCAAUGAAUAACCAUCAGCGCAGAAAACAUCAGGACUCCUUACAAGGAUGCCCAAAGUGCAAGAAGUUAUAUCCCGCUCAUUACUUGUGGACAAGACACAUGCUCGUCCAUACCAAUACUCGUCCAUUUUCUUGUGAUGAAUGUGACAAAAAGUUCAAGAGCAAGGCUGGGUUAUACAACCACAAGAAGACUCACCAACCCAGUGAAGAACGAUAUACACAUUGUUGUGAGGUGUGUGGUAAAAGAUUUACACAAAAAGCUAAUCUGGAAAGUCAUUUGCGAUUACACACUGGUAAUCGUCCCUUUUCUUGUGAGUUUUGUGGAAAGUCUUUCUCCCAGAGAGGCAACAUGGAAGAACAUAGAAGAAUUCAUACAGGGGAAAAGCCUUUUGUGUGUGAUAUGUGCGGAAUAAGUUAUUCAAGACAAGGCCAGCUUGCUAUGCAUCGUCGAAAACACUCAGGAGAAAAGCCUCACAAGUGUCAGUACUGCAAAAAAGAAUUUCUUCGGAGAGAGGUUCUCAGAAAACAUGAACACAUGCACACUGACACAAGACCCUACAAAUGUUCUUACUGUGAAAAAAGCUUUAGGGAUCGAGGGAAAAAGAAGAUUCAUGAGCGACUUCACACAGGAGAAAGGCCAUUUGAGUGUCAGUUUUGUGGUCGAGGAUUUUGUGAGUCUGGAAACCUGCGAAAGCAUCUGCGAGUUCAUCAGCGACGUCCAUCAGCUGGGGAGAAAAGUGCAAAUGCACUAUCAUUGGGGAAUGGAUCAACAGUACUAACCAGUGAAGCGCCAAGUUAUACCUUUACAUUUCCUGGAAUUUCCAAUGCACGCCAUGGUACAAACACGAACACGGAUUCAUCAUUAUUUGUUGGACCAGACAUGUCCUUUAUUUCUGAAUCUAAUAGUCACUCAGCAUCGCAUUCGUUACCAUUAAGUGCACCUGCAUCUGUUUCUGUACCAGUAAGUGCCUCAUCAAGCAGUAAUAGUGAUCCAUUAAUCACUUUACGUCCACUGGAAGAGUCUCGUGUGAGUCCAAAUUUACCACAUCAAGAAGGUUGUGAAAAAGAAGAAUAUAGAGCUGGCUCUUCUUCAUUUCAGACAGUUACUUGGGCUCUGUAUCAUACAUAACUGUAAAUUAUACAGUAUAACGGGCAAGGGGGGACCUAGUUGAGGUGUAUAAGCAUCUCAGGGGGCACUACUCAGUUGAGUGUCCUUACUUGGAGCUGGCGGACGCUCGCCCCACAAGG